GUUACUUUAGAGACGAUAUUCUGUGUCACUUCUGUGCCAGUAUGAUCAGUGGUCUGGUUACCACGGCAGCCUCGAUGCCCGUCGACAUCGUAAAGACCAG